AAACGACAUUACGUUAACAAGAACUUCAGCCUCCAACUUAGGCAACGGAGUUCCCAAUCAACGGAGUUCCCAAGCAACGAAGUUCCCAAUCAACGCAGUUCCCAAUCAACGCAAUUCCCAAUCAACGCAGUUCCCAAGCAACGGAGUUCCCAAGCAACGGAGUUCCCAAGCAACGGAGUUCCCAAGCAACGGAGUUCCCAAGCAACGGAGUUCCCAAGCAACGGAGUUCCCAAGCAACGGAGUUCCCAAGCAACGGAGUUCCCAAGCAACGGAGUUCCCAAGCCACGGAGUUCCCAAGCAACGGAGUUCCCAAGCAACGCAGUUCCCAAGCAACGGAGUUCCCAAGCAACGGAGUUCCCAAGCAACGGAGUUCCCAAGCAACGGAGUUCCCAAGCAACGGAGUUCCCAAGCAACGGAGUUCCCAAGCAACGGAGUUCCCAAGCAACGCAGUUCCCAAUCAACGCAAUUCCCAAUCAACGCAGUUCCCAAUCAACGCAAUUCCCAAACAACGCAGUUCCCAACAACGCAGUUCCCAAGCAACGCAGUUCCCAAACAACGCAGUUCCCAAACAACGUAGUUCCCAAUCAACGCAAUUCCCAAUCAACGCAGUUCCCAAACAACGCAGUUCCCAAACAACGGAGUUCCCAAUCAACGGAGUUCCCAAGCAACGAAGUUCCCAAUCAACGCAGUUCCCAAUCAACGCAAUUCCCAAUCAACGCAGUUCCCAAACAACGCAGUUCCUUCACAACGGAGUUCCGAAUUCAGCAAAUUUAG